UGGUAAUACCAUGCGGCAGUUGAGUCAAGUGGUUUCAAAACGUAUAUUGUCAUGAUUAUAUGAUAUUAGUCAAUAGUGAGUGUAGUUCCUCUGUUAUAAUUUAGAAACGAUUCAAAAUGUUGCGGUAUCAAGUAGUUUGCAGCUUAGAGUGGUCAAUGACGACCAGGUAUUUCGGUAUUGCGAAGAGGUACAUAAUUAACAAAAGAAGAUUUAUAUUGCAAAGUAAAUGCGAUUCUGAAUUUAUUCCAUUGUUACCUAUCAGAUUUGUACACUCGUCGUCGUUAAAUUAUGCCAGGGUGGCAAAUGUUGGCAGAUCGAACAGCAAUAGUUUAACAUCUUCGGAAUGCAGUUCUAAGAAAACAAACGAUCUGAGGUACGAUGCCAGUAAUUUGGAAACUGUGAAUUUUAAACAGGAAAAAUCUAUGAAAAAAAUAUAUAAUGAAUUAAUUAAUAACGUAGAGGAUAAAACAGUGGCAGAAAAAUAUGAAAUAUGUAUUAAAGAUGUGGAAAAGAAAUUUCCAAAUGCAACUGGACAGAUUAACAGAAUAUACACAAUGGUUGCUAGAGAGUUAAAUGCAACAAAUGUUAUAAGUACACGCUUCACAAAGGAUGUUAAAAAUAGUAAAAUGAACUGGACUUGCACUCGAAGGGUAUUAUGGCCAAUGGACAUGACGUUCACGAGUACAGCAAGUAACAAAUCAAGUGCCGAAAGAAUGUCAUCUCUACAGUGCCUUCAGUGGUUGCUUAUGAAUAAGAAAUUAGUAAAUGGUUUACCAUUAAUAUUUGAUGUCUCAAAAGUGAUGAAGUUAAAUGAGAUGCCUGUUGAUAUUCAUUUAAACUCUGAUGCUCUCAAAGAAUUAAAUGAUCUUCUUUGCCGCUAUGACGAAGUUAUUAAACCCAUGAUGAAGGAUAAAACUGAAAUUACUGUAGGUGCUCUCAAGGAUUUAAAACCACAAAUAUUGGACCCAAUUGGAGAUAAUUUACUAAAUCCCUCGUCAUUUGUGCACUACAUAAAAAGAUGCAGCGAUCUGAAUGAAAGACUUUCGACUCGUAAAAGUGCUGAACAAAUGACAGAUCUUCCUAUUAGUAAAUACAGGGAGCAGAUAUGUGACAUGGUUAAAAAGAAUCGAAUCUUAGUAAUAAAAGGAGAUACUGGUUGCGGGAAAACUACACAAGUGCCGCAGAUUAUACUGGACAGUUUUACAGAAAACGGAAGAGCUGCCGACUGUAAUAUAAUAGUAUGCCAACCCCGUAGGAUCACUGCGAUAUCGUUGGCUCGACGUGUCGCUAGUGAGAGAAAUGAAAAAGUAGGAGAUGUUGUCGGUUAUCAAGUACGUUUUAAUGCCUGUAAUCCAAUUAAGCCGGGUAAAAUUCUGUUCUGCACCAAUGGAAUAUUACUUCGAAAGCUGCAAAAUAAUCCAGACUUGAUUGGCUGUUCUCACGUAAUUCUAGACGAGGCACACGAGAGGUCAUUGACCACUGACUUCCUCAUGGUUCUUCUACGACGGGCAUUACAGAGAAAUCCAUCCCUCAAGCUAAUCGUUAUGUCAGCUACUAUAAACACGGAACUCUUUCAAAAGUUUUUCAAUUGUCCCUCGCUAGACGUUCCAGGUCGAACGUUUCCGGUGAAAAUGCAUUUUCUCGAGGACAUGGAACGUUUGGGCAUCGAUGUACAGAAAAGUGAAAUGGAUCAUCUACCUAGGAUUCCUGUAGUUAAUUUCGAUCAAGUGAUAAACCUAAUAUCAUGGAUUUGUGAGACUCAACCACCAGGAGGAAUAUUAUGCUUUCUUCCUGGUUGGGCAGAAAUUGUUGCAACGGAGAAUCGUCUUUCCAAGAUCGGCCUACGCGGACAACACGUCGUUUUAACCCUCCAUUCUAGGAUGUCGAAUCUGGAACAGAGUCAGGCCUUCCAAAAAGUGUCUCCGGAUGUACGAAAGAUCAUUCUCUGUACUAAUAUUGCGGAAACAGGCAUUACCGUGAAUGACAUAGUUUACGUUAUCGAUACUGCUAUACAUAAAGAAAAUUAUAUGAACGAAUACGGCCAGGCCUUAAUAGAAAAUCAGUGGGUAUCGAAAGCUAAUAUUGAUCAAAGGAAAGGAAGAGCUGGUAGAGUGCAAUCGGGUAUGAGUUUUCAUUUAUUGAAGAAGAGCUGGUAUCGUUUGCUGGAUGCUUACCCGACACCGGAAAUUCAGCGCGUGUCACUCAUGAAGGCAGCUCUAGACUGCAAAACGUAUAGCGACGAAUGGGUAGAAGAUUUUAUGGCGGACUUUCCCGAACCACCCAAAGAUUCAUCGGUUAGAAGUGCAGUAGCCGAACUGAAACAAAUUGGGGCACUGGACGAGGAGGAAAAUCUCACGGCGCUUGGCCGACGAAUUGCGUUAUUUUCACUUCAUCCCAGACUCAGUAAAGCUCUCCUUUUUUCGUGCAUUUUUCAAUGCGUUAACCCAAUGUUAACAAUAAUUUCGGUGUUCUCGACGGCGGAAAGUCUAUUUCGUAAUUCAUUGGACGGGAAAAGAAACAUCAGAGACGUCAAGAAACGUUAUCACCCAUCGAGCGAUCAUUUGGCCUAUGUUUGGAUCUUUAAGCAAUUUGAAGUGUAUUUCAAUCGAGCUUUUAUUAAGGGGAAGGAAUUUUGUUUGAGAAACGAACUUUUACCUGAAAAAUUAUUUGGCUUGAUCAAAGUAAGAGAAAAUUUUGCUAAUCAACUGUUCACCAGUCGUAUUCUGAGCGAAACGGACGAAUAUGACAAUCUUGAGAGCAAAUGGAAUGAUUGUUCUUAUUACGAUGAAUUAGUGCGCGGAGUUUUAUUUUCUGGCGUGGAACAAAUUUUACGCCAACGUGACUUGGAAGUGCAGAAUGGUAUCGCGAGGACUAACUCUAACUUUUUUAUCACGCGACGAGGGCACAAGGCGAGCCUUACUCCAGAAAGUGUCAAUUAUAAAAAAAACAGCUGGCCGAGCCAAUUUUUAACAUGUAUUAAUACAUCAAGGUGUUCGGAAAGACGGACUAUAAUAGUCCGGGAAAGUAGCAUAAUCACGCCACUGACCGUUUUGCUGUUUAGCCAAAGUCCCGUCAAUAGAUACCGUGAUACGAGUGACGGUGGGCCGGAAAGGACCGUGCUAACUGUAGACCGGCUGAAAUUUGUAUGCGACACCGAACAAGCCGAUUGUCUUCUACGGUUGCGCCACAUAAUGUGGUCUUUAGUUAAUUUUUUUGUUGAAAAUCAAGAAACGACGACAAUGGUACAAAAUUCCCGUCUCUGUGCCAUUGAGGAGUACAAACAAAACUAUUUGCAGGCUCUAGGAAAAAUAUUGCAAUCCGAAGCUAGCACGAUAGACAGUAGUAAUUCAGAGUCAGAAGAUACCGACGAGUCAAGAGAACUCGACACAAAUUUACAAUCAGCGGCUACGAGUCAAGUCGAAGCCAUGCCUUCUUGAUUUACGUCACCUGUACGCUGUAUGAAAACAUUGCGGUACAUGGAGGCGUGCGCUUCUGAAACCAACAACUCUGACUGCUAACAUGUCGAAGACGUAUAGGAAACGAUACAAUAAAUAAUUAACGUAAAA